UGGAAUUAUGGGUAUCACUGAAAAAGACCCUCCUAAGAUACGGGGCAUGCUGAUAAGGUUGCUGAGACCCGAGCGAAAUUUUCAAGUGUUUAGUCAGAGUUGAGGCGUUGAAGUUGCUUGAACCAAAAAGUCGACAGACAAACGUGAAUGUAAUUAAACGCGUGAAUUAAAUGCUUCAAACUAGUGAGUAGUGAGUGUGAGGUGGAGUGUGGAGUGUGGAGAACAUGUUCUGCUAUCGAUAUCUUAUCGUAGCUUGUGCGAUUGCGGGCGCAAGUGCUCAGAUCAUACCGCUGUCGAGCUAUUGCCAUAAUGUGCACGAAUGGUGCAGCUGUGAGCCACAGGCGAAUCUGGUGAGAGUCUAUUGCCGGGAUGAGUAUGCAAUGAUAUUGCAGAUUACGGAUACGGGCACAAACAUUUCCAUGAGCUACUAUUCCAAUGGAGUCGUCCGUUGGCUGCCGCGCUUCAACGUCACUCAGGUGGCCAAGUUUGAAUUCGAUGCAUACAAUUACUGGUCGGAGACGUUCUUCAGAGAUCUACUGAAUGCGCUCGGGGUGCAACAGGUGCUCCGCAUACACUUUCGUGAUCGCAGCCUCGAAAUCCAACCCACUGAGGAUGCUUACGAUCUCGCUGAGGAUUCAGCUACCAAAAAUGUGAGCAGCUGGAUUUUUAGUUCAGUGCCGUCAUUGGAAUAUUUCAAAUACGAGAGCAGUCAGCAGGAGUUGAACGAAUCCAUUUUCCAUGCCUUCGACAAUUUGACAACACUGGAGCUGCGUCUGUCUGUGCGUCGGCUGCCUACGAAGCUCUUUUCCACCAUCUCGCAUAGCCUCCAAACGCUGUCCAUUCGAAAUCCGCACAUGUUCACAUUCGAUCCAGCUCUGAUGCAGGAGCUGCAGCAACUGCGCAAUUUAAAUCUGAAACUAUCACAGCCACCUGAACACAAGUCCGAUAAGCAGCAGCAACGUCUGUUCAUCUCCAUGCAGCAGCUGGAGCAGUUGCGCUUGUCGCGCGCCACAAAUUACUUGAAUGCCACAAUGCUAAAGGGUAGCCUCAAUCUGCGCAUCAUUGGCAUCAAUCAUAACGCGGAGCUAAAUGAACUGCCCGGCGAACUGUUUGCCGAUCAGGUCAAUCUCAUGCAGCUGGAUCUGUCACGCAAUGCAUUGACCAAGCUGCCAGCAGAGCUCUUUAAUGGCCUGGUCAAUCUGUCGCUCUUGGAUCUAUCCAGCAAUAGGCUAACUAGUAUAUCAAGUGAACUUUUUACAACACUGACAUCGUUAACGAAGCUGCUGCUGAAUCAUAACUCGCUGACUGCAUUGGACCCGACCACAUUUGGAAAUGUGAACAGUCUGAACCUUAUCGAUAUGCGUGACACACAAUUUUAUGGGAUGCAGCUGUGGAUGCCGUUCGAGGCGCUCGUCUGCACCAGCGAGGACGUCUGUCAGUACAAGUCGAAGCACUGGGAAUGCGAUCCGCAGUGCAUCUGUUGGGUGCGUCGCGAUACCCAGCAGCUCUUCGUGGAUUGUCGCGGGGCAGCGCUUAAGGAAUUGCCAUUGCUGCCGCACACGACACUGGUGAAUACAACGCUCAAGAUGCAGAACAAUAGCAUUACUCAAUUGCCGGAUGCCAGCAAGAUUGUGGGCUAUGCCAAUGUGAGCAAACUAUUUCUGGCCGACAAUCAGCUGAGCAGCUUGGAUGGUCAGACGCAGCUGCCAAGCAAGCUGCAUAUUUUGGAUGUGCGUCGCAAUUGGAUCACAGUCCUUGACCAGCAGUUCAUCAACUAUCUAAACAAUAAUACCAUGAGCCUGGUCCUUGGUGGUAAUCCGUUCAGGUGCGAUUGUUCCGCUCUGCCCCUGUUGGGAUUUGUACGUGCACAGCCGCAACGUGUCCAUGAUAUAUCAGACAUUUACUGCAUCAGUCGCCCGGAUAAGCCAUUUCAGCAGCUGGAGGUUUUCGAGCUGUGUCCCUCGUACGUUCUGCUCAUUGGAUGCAUUAUGGGUGGAAUUGUGAUUGUGGUUUGUUUGAUCAGUGUUGUCUAUCUGAUCUAUCAGCAGGAGGUCAAGAUUUGGCUGUACAAUCAUAAUUUCUGUCUGUGGUGGGUGUCCGAGGAGGAGCUGGACAAGGACAAAACGUACGAUGCCUUCAUAUCCUAUUCGCACAAGGACGAAGAACUAAUUGCGCAAUUGCUGCCCAAGCUUGAGAAUGAUCUGCACUCCUUUCGUGUGUGCCUCCAUGGACGCGAUUGGCUCAUCGGCGAUUGCAUUCCCGAGCAAAUUGUGCGCACGGUUAACGACUCGAAACGCGUCAUCAUUAUCCUCUCACAGCACUUCCUUGAGUCCGUGUGGGCGCGAAUGGAGUUUCGCAUUGCCUACCAGGCAACGUUGCAGGAUAAGCGCAAGCGCAUCAUCAUUAUCCUCUACAAGGAGCUGGAGCACUUUGAGGGCAUCGAUAGCGAACUGCGCGCCUACCUCAAGCUCAACACCUAUCUCAAAUGGGGAGAUCCUUAUUUCUGGAGUAAACUGCGAUAUGCCAUGCCCCACAAUCGACGCGUUCUCAAGGGACAGAAAAAGCAUGCGGGUCCGCUUCUGUGAUCUGUCCUUAAAGGAUACUUAUAUGUUAAUUUAAUGGUGCGUGGCACUUAUUUCACUGGAAAAAAUUAAAUUAAAAUCGAAUUCGCAUUGUUGUAAUUCAUAUUUAAUAUUGACCAUGUUGCAGAAUUCCAAAAUAAGUAUUAAACGCCUUUCGCUCAGAAUAAAGAUUCUCCUUUAAAGAGUCCUCAAUGCACAAUUCCAGUUAGUUGGAACUACAAUUAUUAUUACGAUUAUUACAAUUACAAUUAUAAUACAUAUUCAAUAAGAAAAUCUUUUAGCGUUUUGUUUGUAAGGUAAGAUUAGAAAUCGGAUUAUAGAUUCGAAAAAAACAAGAUUUUUUGUAAGUGAAAUUAAGAAUAUAAAAUUGGAAGCUA